CCCAGUUCCUCCCCACCCCGUCUGUCACCUGCGUUAGGAGGACACCAGCGCAUGGGCGCUUGUUCUUCGGUCAUCGGACUCCGCCGUCGCGCGCUGCGCCCUCGACCGUGCCUGCUCCGUCCUGAGCCAGCAUAGGUGAUAAAGGGGCAGAACCGCGAGUCUACUACCAGAUCUAGGAGGCAAGCAACUCCUUGUAAGAACAAUGGAAGAAGUAGUUGAAGGGCUGGGGGGAACUAGUGGUCAUGCCACCUGGACAUCAGCAAUGUCUUCUUUAAUGCUCUGUCACCUCAAUGACUUGGUGGCUGCUGGUUUGAAAACAUCAAAGGGCUUCAAGAAACAUAUGUACAAUGGUUGUGCCAGGGCUAUUAAUGAAAAAUUCAGCACUAGAAUCAAUGGUGAACAAGUUAAGAACCAUUUAAAAACAUGGCAGAAAAGGUAUGCAAAGAUAAUUAAACUGAAGAAGUUGAGUGCUGCCUUAUUUGAUGAAGAUAAUUGCAUGAUUACACUUGAUAAUGAGCACUACAACAGCUAUGUCCAAGAUCACAAGUCUGAUGCAGAUUUCUUGAACAAGCCCCUUGUGCACUAUAGAGAGAUGGAAUCAAUAUUUGGCAAUAGCAUGGCUACUGGAAACUUUGCAAAAGAUUCAAGUGCAGCUCUAGGUACAGAGAAUGUGGGUGAAAGCCAAGAAGAAGAUGAUGUUACUGCUCAUGCUCAAACUGAGGGGACAAGCACUCAAGGAGCAACAUCUUCUGCUACCAGAUCAAGUAAAAAGGCCAAGCUAGCUGGAAUGGAAGAUGAAGGGCUAGUUGCAGCUUUCAGAAGUGUAGGUGAGAAUCUUGCCGCUGCCAUCAAAUUGGUUGCUAAGCCUGAUAAUGAGUUGCCAAGUGAUCUAUUUGACAUGCUGAAUCAAAUGCCUGGUUUCAAUUCUGCACAUAUAUCUUUCUACUAUGCUCAUCUGGUGGCCAAUCCUCACAUCGGCAAAGCUUUCUACAACCUGCCAUUUGAGCACAAAUUACAUUGGAUCACAAUGUUCAUCGCUGAGAAAUUCCCUGGAAUGUAACUGAGUUGAUGGUGAGAAGUAGCUUUUGUUAGAUUGUAAUAGUCAGUGAUGGUGAUAAGUAGCUUUUGCUAGACUAAAAUGCAAGAACGAUUUUUCCUAGACUGAAAUGCAAGAUUGAGUUGAACUUGAUCACUAAAAUGCAAUUGUGAGUUGAACUUGAUUAUUGAAAUGCAUCUUGGUGUUGUUGGGAUGUUCCUUUUAUUAUGACUGAAAUGUAAUAGUGAGACCUUAUCACUGAAAUUUUAUGACUUUGUUAUGAAUAGCUUCAAUUUAUAUAUAUAUAUCUUGUGCUUAUGGAUUUCUUAAAUACUAAAAUAGUGUCAGUAUCAUUUAUUUUGAAUGUUGUCAUAUCGUUUGGAAUUGAAGAUAUUCUGAGUGUGGUAAUAUGACCAGGAAGACGGUCAUAUCCAGUUCAUCCCUUAUUCAUCCCUCAUCAUGAAACCAAACAAGAGAUGGUGUAGCUCCAACCCACUUGAACCCUGUAAUCAAACAAAAAACUAGGUUUAACCCAUCCCUGAAACCAAACAAGAAACGGGUCCGACCCAACCCAGAAAAAUGGGACGGCUCCGACCCGACCCAUAUUGUUCCAAAACCAAACACAUACUUACUUUCUCCCGUUCCACGUCCUCCUUUCUACGGAGUACUACCCUGUUCGGUGGGUGCGUGCUCGUAACAAUGGGAUCGACGCCGACAAUAAUAAGCGCACUCCCUCAAACGCUGGCUACUAAACCCUCCUAAACCUUCUCGGCGCGCAGCUCCUCUGUCUACCUCGCCUCCAGCUCCACUACAUACGCUAGCUAGCUCGCGCAGCUGCAGCAGCAGCUUAGCAAGCAAAGAAUGGGGGCCGCCUCGUCGCGGGAAGGGGACGCGGCGCGCGAGCACACGAGGCGGUGCCGGGAGCGGCGGCGGCUGAUGCGGGAGGCCGCGCGCCUGCGGCACCACCUGGCGGCCUCGCACGCCGCCUACCUCCGGUCGCUCGGCGUCGUGGCGUCCGCGCUCACGCGCUUCGCGGUCGGCGAGCCGCUCCCGGUGUCCGACCACACCCCGCCCGCCGUGCUCGCGCACCGCCCGGUCGUCGCCCCCUCCACGCCGCCGCCGCUGCUCCGCGCCAUCGACCAGCCGCAGCGCGAGGAGGCGCGGGGCGGCGCUUCUGCCGGCGUCGGCGUCGGCAGCGGCAGCGCCGGUGCUGCUGCAGGGGAGGACAUGAUGAGGAUGGUGGUCAGGCACCGGAGCCUCGCGGAGGUCGCGGCGGGGCUGGAGGAGUACUUCCUCAAGGCCAGCGUCGCCGGAGACACGGUGUCCAGCCUGCUUGAGGCCAGUUCCACCGCCGAGUUCAACGGUGGCUCACACAGCUUCUUGGGCGCCCUCUGCUGCCUUUCGGCGCCAGCGCUUGACCGCGUCGACAGCAUGGGCAGCCGGCAGAGGCACAGCGCCACCUUGCAGCAGCUCCUGGCGUGGGAGAAGAAGCUCUACAAGGAUGUCAAGGCCAGGGAGAAACUGCAGAUACGACACGACAAGAAGCUCGCCGCGCUGCGGGACCAGGAGUACAGCCGGAAGGUCGACGUGGACAUCCAGAAGCUCAAGGCGGCGUGGGACAGGGCGCGCGCGCAGCUCGAGGCAGCCUCCCAGUCCGCGGACGCGGCCUCGGCCUCCAUCGCCCAGCUCCGCGACACCCGCCUCGCGCGCCAGCUCCUGGAGCUCUGCCACGCCACGCUCGACAUGUGGCGGGCGAUGCGGCAGCACCACGGGGCGCAGAGCCUGUUCGCGCAGCAGCUGCGCGGGCUGAGCAGCCGCACGUCCAUGGACCCCACGACCGAGAUCCACCACCAGGCCACGCGGGCGCUCGAGGCCGCCAUGGCCGCCUGGGCCGCGGCCAUGGCACACAUGGCGAAGCACCAGCGCGACUACGUCCACGCCAUCCACGGCUGGCUCAAGCUCACGCUGACGCUGACGCCUGUCGACGCCGCCGAGGCCUCUCCCCUGGCCGCGGAGCUCACCGCGUUCGUCGAGCGGUGGGGGAAGGUGCUCGACCGCGUGAACUGCGUCGACGUGCUCAAGGCGAUCAAGAGCUUCGCGGGCGCGGCCGCGCGAUCCACGCGCUCCAGAGCGACGAGCUGCGGGUGGCGCGGCGCGUCAGGCAGUACUCCCGUGAGCUGGACCGCAAGUCCCGGAUGCUGCGGCAGGUUGAGACGAGCUACUACGACUCGUACCUGCCCGGGGUCAUGUCGAUGUGGCACUGGGGGAGGCCGGCGUGGAGGGACCACCUGCAGGCGCGCGACGCCGGCAACGAGGUGGCUCAGCGCAGGGACGAGAUCGCGGCUUGCCGGAAGAUGGUGGAGGACGAGAUGCGGAGGCAUGCCAAGGCCAUCGACGCCACGAGGACGGCCACGAUCACCGGCGUGCAAGGGAAGCUGCCUGCCGUUUUCCAGUCCAUGGCCGCGUUCUCGGCGUCGCUUGCGAAUUCGCUGGAGGACGCAUGCAAGGCUCCACAGCAGAACACCAACGACAUGCAGUCGUAGCCAUCCGCUCGUUCUUUUUUUCGUUGGCAUUUUGUUUUUCAUGUCUCUAGCACCUAUACAUAGAUUCAUAGAAUACAGAACACAGAGAGAAAAUACAAAUACGAAUAAGACCACAAAAAAAAGUCCUGGUGUUUUUGGCUGUUGUUACUUGUUACCCUUUGUAAAUGUAUGCAAUCCCCCACAUAAUGUUUCCAUUCGUUAGCCAGGUGUCACCAAUUCCGUUUAAUAAGUUACAUUCUACAGAAAACUACAUGCGUUUGCACGGAAAACAUAGAAAUGCUAGCUUUAUGGAAUCAACCUGCCGAGGAAGCUAGAAUGGUUCAGAUACAGCAAAGUGAAACUCUUCCAAUGCAAGUCUCCAUUCGACUACUAAUACACCGGAAAAAGUUGAAAUCGUGAACAGUCAUUUCUCUCUCCAUGAAGGCACGAGAAUACAUCGAGUCAUCAACCAAACAUCUCAGGUCAUAUAAAGUUUUUUCCCCCUAUGUUUGCCCAUGCAAACCUUCCACUCGGUGCAGCCCAGCGGAAGCGAAAGGAAAAGAGGCCCGUAUUCUGCCAAAGAAAAUCCAUCCAUCAC